UGUGAGCUGGAAAUCAUGUUUCCCGUAGUAGUGGCACUGCUUCUAAGCGGCACAGUUAUAAACUGCCUGGAAUCCAUAAACCGGACAGAUCCCACCGUUGAAGCUUUAAACACAACGGACACCCAUGGAAUCCUUUCGGAUAACGCCUCCCUCGAAACGAACAUCGCUCUUAACGAUGCCGAUCCCUAUUUGUCCCAGAACCUCCUCCGUCCCGUGCCGUCCACGCUGGCGACGGAGGAGAUGCCGGGCAGCGGUCAGCCGGCCAAUCUGAUGAUCGGCCGGCCGUACGCGUGGAAUGCGUCCGCGGCCUUUGAGCCGGUGGACACCGAGAGCAGUUAUCCCCGGCAGAACCGUCUGGCAUCCAACCGGAGCGUGAUCCCCAAAUUCCGCAAGACGGUGAAGUACGGGUACCCACCCGAUGGGCCGUAUUUCCCGGUGAUGGCGCCGUACUUUGCCUACGUUCGGGAAGAUGAACCGGUCGGCAGUCAUGUCAUUUCCGUUCGGGCAAUGGAUAAUAACUUUGGUCCGCUCACUUACCAGAUCACCGAGGGGAACGCAAUGGGCCACUUUAAAAUCGAUCCAGUCAGUGGUUUCAUUACCAUUGGAGCACCUUUAGAUCGGGAGAUGAUAGACGGGUACAACCUGACGGUGCGGGCCUUUGACGAUACUGGUCAGGAAUGCUCAUCAGCGGUGAUCAUCCGCGUUACGGACACCAACGACAAUGCGCCGAUUAUUCGCGAUCUCGGCUUAUCUUUCGAAGCUCCUUGCGGCGAGGCGAAUGCUUAUAUCGGAACGGUUCACGCCACCGAUUAUGAUCUUGGGCGAAACGGCGAAGUCUAUUAUUUUUUGGAGCCGGAUCAGUUCAGCGCUGGGAAAUUCUACAUUGAUUCCAUGUCCGGUGAGCUGAGCACGGCUACAGAAUUGCAGCCCGGCGUGUACACCAUUGUGGUUAUGGCCAAGGAUGCCGGUUACAAUCCCUUGCGUAGCAGCGCCAUGCUGACGGUUGACGUCACAUGCCCCAACGAUGCCCACAUUCCGGCAUACUCCUACGCUCCAGCCCACGUUCAGCCGCCUUUUCCGCCGUGUCACACCAAUCCACCAUUGACGGUAACGCUGUAUGCCAAUGCCGAACCGGGAUCGUUCGUUGCAGAUAUUUCCGGUGAAAAUCGUGGAGAUUUGCCGUUGACGUACCAUUUUCUGCAGCCGGAACGGCUUCCGUUUUUGACCAUGGAUACAAUGAGGGGCGUAAUACGCACAAGUGAGCCCUUAUCAGAAAUUUUGGGAGAUGUGGAAAUCAACUGGAUGGCCACAGAUCCCUUCAGCACGGCGUGCUCAGGACAGUUGCUGCUGCGCGUGAUGCCGGCAUCCGAAAACCAUUACGCCCAGAGUGUCCCUGCCCAGGCACCGCCUCAAUCUCCUCCCGUCCUGCUGACCUUUAACCAGCAAGCUUACGUGUUCAUCGCGCAGUGUGGCGCGGGGAAUGUGUCUGUGGGUCGCGUAGCCGUUCAGUACUCCGGUGAUACUGGAUUCCCGGUAUUUGGUUUGCGAAAUAACCCAGCGGGAUUUCGCAUUGACCCCCGUACCGGCGAACUGUACAUUCUCGCUCCCCUCCCUCCGCUUCCCGAUUCCUACAGCCUGACGGCGGAAGCCGGCGUCUUCAACGGCGCAGUGUCGGUCAGUGUGCCGGUGACCAUUCGUGUACUGUGCUCCUUAGCGGCGCCACCGGCCGCCCCUUACCCGUACCUGCCGCCGCAGUGUCCAACGUAUCCGGUGCAGGGUGUCACCCUCAGCCAGUACGUCCCGCCCGGGACGCGCAUCGCCAUCGCACAAGCCGCUGCACCGGACGAUCACGGGCUGGUGUAUGGGAUAGUCGGAUCUCGUGAUGGAAGCGAUGCGAAGGAUAUUAAGGAGAUCUUCGUUAUUAAUACACAAUCAGGAGACAUCGUACUGGGCCAGUCGUUAGCCAAUACCCGUAUCCCAACGGAAGUGCAAGUGCGCGCCACGGAUGUGAUCACCGGCUUGGUCUGCUUCAUCACCAUUCAGUUCCCCGUGCAGACAGCACCGCCAGCCUGUAUGCAGGGCGGCGUUAAUUUCACCAUCAGUGACAACCAGAUUGCCGGUGUGCCCUUUGGAUCGGUCAGCAGCUACGUGCGGGGGGCAAAUCUCCGCUUUCAGAUCGUUCGUUCUACAGCGGGAAAUGUUGUCAGCGUAGACGAGCACUCGUACGUGAAUAACUGGGAUACUGGCACUCCAGCCAGUUUGUUAGCUCUUCGUGACCAGAUGACCGGAAUGGUGCCGAAGAGUCUGGCUGUGACGGUGCGGGCUGUUGAUGAAUUGUCCAAAGCGUACUGCGAUGUGUAUGUCAACAUUUUUGUGACCCUGUCGCCACCGGUUUUCGCCAACAACACCUACCGGUUCCCGGUGAACUGCAUCACGCAGGGUGGUCUGAUAGGAGUGGUUCAAGCGGUGUCGUUAACACGGGAUUUGACAUACGAUUUAGCGGGACCCGAUGCAAUGAUGUUCACCAUUGGAAAGGAAUCCGGCGAACUCCGCUCGCGCACCGUAAUGACCGCGCCCUUUCAGCAGUCGUUCCUGUUGAACGUCGGCGUGACGGAUGCCGCCAGCGGAAUGCGUUCCCAAGUACCGGCGUAUAUUACGGUGUACUGUACGCCGCUGGUCUGCCCGCCCAUGGUUACGGUGGAAGUGCCGGACGAUGCACCUGUCGGCAGCAUCCUGGGACGUGUUGUACCGAUGGGAACGCCCGGAGAUCCUCGUAGAUUGAUGUAUCGAGCAGAAUCACCAUUGAUGCUUCCGGUGCUGCUAAACAGUACAAGUGGCUUGCUGAGUUUAGCUGAACCACUCCCGCCUGCGGCGUCCAAUACGAAUUUUGUGGUUUCUAUAACGGAUCAAACCGGCCAGCGAUGCAACGUGACGGUUAACCUUGUCGUCCUGCGCCGACCACAUGCACCGGAAUUCGUAGGACUGCCGUACAAUUUCGUCCAAUCAUGCUACCCGAACACCCCUAUUGUGGGACGCGUUACGGCAGUUUCAUCCGGUGCUACUCCAGGUUUUCCGGGAGCCAACGGCUUAAUUUAUUCCAUUUCCGGGGAAGACGCCAGAUUCUUUGGGAUUGAUCCGGUAUCGGGAGAGAUUCGCUACAUGGGCAACGCCCAGGCGGACAACGGCCGUUACUAUUUACUGCAAGUGACCGCGCGCAGUCGUUCCGGUUUGUCGACCAGUACCGCUGUACGGAUCGAGAUCCCGAUGUGCCCCCUGCGAUGCCCAUCGAUCAUCACACAGGUCGUACAGGAAGACACCGCGCAAGGGACUGCUGUCCUCCGAUUACUUGAUCAAAUUUUCCCUACCGAGCGACAAUAUUUUUUCCGGAUCAUUUCAUCGUCCCCUCCGGAUGCAUUUCAGACGCUAUCAAUGGAUCCUAUAACUGGAGCCUUGAGUGUAAACGGAUCUCUUUUUGGUCGAGCCGGUCAGUCCUUCCAGUUCCAGACCGCCGUGACCGUGCGCAAUCCCACCGUUAGCGGUAACGCGCCCAGCUGUUCCAUCGAUGUGCAUAUCAAUGUGGCACCACGACGCCGCUCGGUGCCGGGAUGUCCAGCACCGACAACCGUCACUGUGCGCCAAAACGCCCAAGUCGGAACCGUCAUCGCCGGAAUUAAUGUCGGGGAUCGGGGUGAUUAUUUGUACUCCUUGACCGAAACGGCCGGUGCCACCGAUUUCUUCCAAAUAGAUCGCGCUACCGGCUCCAUAACGGUUGCUAAACCGCUGCAACAACUUCCUUCGCGAACGUAUUCGUUGACGGUGAGAGCGUCGGUUCGAACGGAUGUAUCCCGGUUCUGCGAUACGAUCGUCAUGGUGGCCCUGCAGAGCAGCAACCAGACCAUCCGUUGUCCAGGAUCCGCUACACCGGUCACUGUUAACGUGGAUACCACGAUGCCUCCUGGUUAUCCAUUGACGGCAGUCACGGCUGCAUCGCCCACCGGGACCCCCAUACGAUUUGCGCUGCUGGAUAACGGGAUCAACCUGGUGGAUGUCAACCGAACAAGUGGAGUUGUCGUGUUGACCAAUGGAGUUUUCUCUAUUCCACCACAAACGUACCGGUUUACCAUACGUGCGAGCGAUUACACGGGAGCGUUUUGCGAUACAAUCCUGCUGGUAAAUGUUCCCAACAUGAACCGUCCACCCAGUUUCUCCAGUUCCCGGUACGAGCUGUCAGCAGACUGCGGUCCACCGAAUAGUCUGGUCGGCGUCGUUAACGCCCGUGAUCCGGAAGGCGACCAAAUUAGAUUUUCCAUUACACCGGCCGAGUUUUUCACCAUUGACCAGCUGGGUGGCAUCCGCACCCGGGGCAGCAUCGCCGGUGAAUCCACCUAUCCCAUGCUGACGGUGAGUGCCGCCGACGUGACCGGCCACAUCACCACGGUGCCGGUAUCCGUAGUCUUCCGGGGCCCGCAGUGCCUGGUGUCGCCGCGCUGUCCCCAGACGGUCUACCGCUUCACUCUGCCGGCCUUCUCCAGUGUGGGCUACGUCGUGGGCACGGUGAGCGCCGAUGGUGGAGUGCAGCCCAAUGGACAGCGGCUGCCGGUGCGCUUCAGUCUUUUCGGCCCGGAUAGUGCUGUCUUCGCUGUGGAUGCACUCACAGGCCAAGUGCGCCUGGCUAACUCCCUGGUCAGUAACUCGCAGACGGCCUUCCAGAUCGGAAUCCGCGCCAGCCUUGUGGAGUCUGUCAAUGCCAACCUCUUCUGCGACAUCACCGUGCAGAUCCAGAUACCGUCCGAUUCCAGUUUCCCACGCUUUUCCCAGGAUGCAUACAGCAUCGAGAUCCCCUGCGGGAAUACGGCGCUCAGCUGUCUGGGAGUGCUCAGCGUCGUACCGGGAUCGGGAUCUACCAAGGCCAAUCUGGCCUUCAGCGCACCGGAAGAUUCGAUUAUCGCUGUCGAUAAAGUGACCGGGGAGGUGUGCCUGCGCGGUGUAUUGCGCCAGCCGCAGAUCUCCCAGUCCACCGUGGUAACCGUCACCGAUGCGUUCCGGGGCGGCGCCAGUGCCACCGCCACCGUGACGGUGACCUUUCUGCCUUGCCGACGCCCACCGGUGUGCCCGCAACAGACUCUCACCUCCGCCGUUAACGAGGGCGAUCCUGUUGGAACACGGGUGCAGCAAGUGCAGGCGUGGGAUCUGGACUCGGGUGAUACCGUCUCGUACUCCAUCCUUAGCGGCAACAUUAACAGCAGUUUCGAAAUUAAUUCUGAAAGCGGCGUUAUCACUAUCCGGCGGAUUCUGGAUCGGGAAGUAGCAAGCAGUUAUCGCUUGACGGUUUCUGUGCGGGAUAAAUCUUCCAUGUCCUGCGAGGUGGUUGUGGAAGUUGUGGUUAUAGAUACAAACGACAACGCACCGGUUUUUAUCAACGAGCCCUACAACUGGACGAUCCCUUGCGGUCAGACCUUUCCCUAUGUCGGAACUGUUUCGGCAGUGGAUGCCGACAUUGGGAUCAAUUCCCGUGUCACAUAUUCAGUGGCUCCCACCAUACCGCUGCAAGUGGAUGGUCUCACCGGCGAAAUCCACGCCGGACGAGGACUGAACACGAGCAUCAGCGGCGUGCACACCUUCGUGGUGUUUGCCGCGGAUGCCGGCUCGCCGCAACAGUCCGCGUCCACACUCAUCCGCAUCACGGUCAACUGCCCAGUGGUCAGUCCGCUUAUCUGCUCUACCUCCCGCACCCUGCGAAUCCCGGAAAAUAUUCCCUUGGAAAGCACCAUAACGCGCAUACUGGCAAACAGCGACGAGCUGGCGGAUCGCGGUUUACGGUACAGUUUGAGCGGAUCGAACAAAUUCCGAAUUCUUUCAGAUGGACGCGUAAUCACUGCGGGAAUGUUUGACCGGGAAAAUGGGGAAGUUAAUUUUUUCCUAAGUAUAAUCGCUGUUGAUCAAGUGGGACGAGAAUGUCGAACAAACCUGACCAUCGAACUAACCGACGAUAACGACCAGCCUCCGCGAUUCACCCAACCGUCUUACACCUUCACCAGCACCUGCGGCUUCAUCGCCCUCGGCCAGGUGACCGCCACCGACACGGACGACGGCCUCAACGCCGCCGUCUCCUACACCAUGGGCAGCACCUCCUCCCUCGUAACCAUCGACUACACUUCCGGUCAGCUGCGGGCCGUCACGCCCCUGCCGGCGCAACCCAGCUUCAUCAACUUCACCGUACUGGCCAGCGAUGCCGGUGUGCCGCCACUGUCAGCCACCGCCGCGGUGACGGUGUGGGUGCAGUGUGCCACCCAGGUGACGCCCACGGCUCUGUCGAUGCCGGCGACGCUGGUGUGUCCGGGGAAUGUGGUGGCGGAGGUGCAGGAGAACCAGAGCGGACUGGUCAUCAGUAAUAUUGUCGUCGGCAAUGACAGCGGGCUGGUGUAUGCGCUGCUGCCCAGCACGGAUGCGCUCAUGUUCCGCUUGGACGGUGGCAAUUCCGGUCGGCUUAUCGUCAAUGCGCCAUUAGAUCGAGAGGUACAGUCGGUGUAUUUCCUCACGGUUCGAGCAUCCAAUCGAUUGUCGCAGAACUGUGAUGUGCCGGUGCGGGUGAAUGUUGUCGACGCAAACGACAACACACCCAUUUUCGCCCAGAGCAUCUACCAGUUUUCCGUCGACUGCCAGCCAGGCCAGCAACGGUUUUUUGUCGGGCGAAUCAAUGCUACGGAUGCCGAUAUAGGAAUCAAUGCCAUGAUCAGCUACACCCUGCAAAACGAUAUGUAUUUCUCGAUCGAUGCAACCAGCGGCUUGAUCAGCAUGCCGGCCCAUUUACCGGCGGGCAGUUCGCCAGCGCGCACCGUCGUGGUGACCGCCUCCAAUCUGGGCAGUCCCGUCCGCAGUUCCACCGCCAUGGUGCAGAUCAUGCUGAACAGCAACUGCAUCCUGCCGCUUAUCGUCACGUCAACCAUGGCGAUUCCUCUUCGCAUGCCACCACCGCCGCGAUGCAUUGGGGUAGGCGGGCCGACGGGCUACAAUGUCCUGCAGAUCCCGGAGGAUAUUGCCGUGGGAACGCGGCUGGGAGUGUUUGAAGCGGUGCAUGAGGAUCCGCGUCGACCGUUGGCAUACCGGCUAGCCAGCGGCGAUCCGCUCAACCAGUUCUCCGUUCAUUCUGAGACCGGUUUACUGCGGACCGAAAUUAAUCUGGAUCGGGAAUGCCGGGAUAAUUACAACCUAACUAUUAUGGUAUCCGACCAAAGCGGCCAGUUUUGUUCACUGGCGGUUUACAUUCAAGUCCUGGAUGUGAACGAUAACGCCCCGGAAGUGAUAAAUAUGCUACCGGUCGUCGCCAACGUAGGCUGUAACGAAGCGAAUGUGGAUAUUGUCCGUUUAAUUGCUUUUGAUCGGGAUGCGGGACAGAAUGCCGCCUUAUCAUUCCGCUUGGAUUCGCAGCCCGAAUUUUCCAUCUCGGCAGCAGGAGUGCUGACCCUCGUUCGGCCCUUACCGGCGGCACCGGCUGUCCGCUUUGUGCCGGUCUUGAUUGCCGACGGCGGCGCACCGCGAUUGACCACCACCAUAACGGUCACCAUCAACGUGCUGUGUCCCAACGAUGCCAGCGGAGUGACAGCACCGUCCUUUGAACAACAAUAUUAUUGCGCGGGACUGCGGGAAAACAGCCCGGCUGGAACGGAAAUCACCAGAGUGACGGCACGUUUUCCCGCUAGUAAUCCUAACAAAGGUUACACCCUCAAAUCCGGUAACUCCAACUGGUUUUCCGUGGACGCUUUGACUGGUAGUAUACGCUCGAUAGCCCCGAUGGAUGCAGAAGGAACGGUCUCGCUGUCCGACACCACUCUGGUUGUGGGAACGCUGAAUGACAAUCGCACCGCACCGGAUGCUUAUACGACAGUGUUUAUCAAUAUCCUGGAUGAGAACGAUGAAUCGCCAGUGUUUGACGGGUCCGCGUCGGCGUCGGUAACGAUUCCGGCGUCGACAGUGCCCAGUACCGCUGUUAUGCGCAUUCAUGCUCAAGACCACGAUAGAACGUAUCCGAAUAAUAUGGUGGUGGAAUAUCGUGCACCCGAUGGUGGCGUCAAUCCAUUCUUCCGAAUGGAGCCAUCCGGUGAACUGAUCAUCUCCAGUCCGAUAGACUCUCUAAGAGGACGAACUUUACCGUUGGUGGUCCUGGCGGUGGAUGGGGGAACGCCCCGGCGAAGCAGCAGCACAACGGUGCAGCUGAGCAUUGUUUAAAACCAUGUCCAAAGAAAUACAUGUAUGCUGUUUACCGUUGUAUUUGACUGACAGAGAUCUUUAAUUUCCAUUGAUUUGUACUAUUAACGUGAUAUGUUACCUUCAGAAGCGCAUUACGAUUAUUUAUUGUCAACUUCUCCAGUAGUAUACAAUGUAAUAUUCGUUUUUAUGAUAAUGCUGUUUGUUAAAAAAAAUCUUGGUUUAUGGAGAAAAGAUUAUAACGCUUUCUCUA